AUCAUCGUCUUCAUUUCCAAUUUUUAUCCAAAAAGAUUUUUUUUUUGAAAAAAAAAAAAUCAUUUUCAUACCCUUCCUUUCUCGAAGUAGACAAAUCAUGGCGGCAAAGAAGAAAGCAACGCCGUCGUCCGCCGCAGGGCGCCGCCCAUCGAGGCUAUUGCACCUGGCCGUUCUGUAGAUGCGCAAGGGCGGCGCGUUCAGGCGCGGCAUCUUCGUCGAGCUCCGCCUCCUCCCCGGCUACCUCAAGGGCCUCAGACCCGGGGCCAGCGCGCCGCCGCCGGCGACCAGCUCCGUUACGGGGAGCGGGAGUUCUCGUUCCAGGAAACACCCAUCAUCAGAUUCAAGACGCCCUCUGCGCGCUUCCUCCGUUUCCCCUGGAUCGCCGACCCGCCCGCGGCCGACGACCACGUAGAAGACUUCUUCGUCGCCUACGACAGCGAGGCGGAAGACUUCAAAUAUUAAAUUCGUUAUUUGUUGAAGGGUUUAGCCGUUACAUAGUUAACCGAAAAAAAACGGGCUCGUUAUUUUUAUACCAUUUUAUGGAAAAUAAUUUUAUUUUAAUCAAUUAAAACUAUUAGAUUUAAUAUUUUACACGAUUUACAUAAAGAAUUAAUUCUUGCAGUUUUAAUUUUUAAAAAUAGAAAAAGAAACGCCCUUUCUAUUUUUUUCAUUAUUUAAUUUGUGAAAAAACUGUAAAUCGAUCGUUUUUUAUGUCGAUUCACAGGUGACGACCAAAAAAGAUAAGAGAGAGAUGACAUGAUUCGUUGCGACCUCCUCUCUUCCCCGCCCCCUCCACUCCCUUCCUCGAAUCCAAAUCCAAGCUCUCUCCACCGGAACCCUACCCUUGUCCUUUGCCCUAAACUUUCGUCUCCGAUUUCCCGUUGUGGCGCUCGCAGAAGCUCGUCCUUUUGCCAGGUUACUGGGGGCGACGGCGGUGGCAGUUCCUCUGGGGACGAGAACGCGGAGCCCAUCCGUGCUGGAAGAUUCAAGUUCCGAGAUGGCAGCAGAAGAGGCGGAGACCAAGAUGAGGGAAACCCAUGGAGGAGCAAAAAGAGGCGGUGGUGGUCUGACGAUUCUCAGAUUGAUGUUGAUGAGGACUUCGAAGACUUUGAUGAUGACCCUACGGAUCCCUGGGAUAUGAUUUGGAUCUUUAAGGUGUUCAAAUCUUAUGGCUAUUUUCUACCAGCUAUUAUAGUUUCGAUGCUUCUUACAACCGGUCCAAAAGCGUUCUUGUUGGCCUUGGCAUUACCUCUUGGCCAAUCGGCAAUCUCUCUAGCAAUUGACAAGGUGUGGGGAAAGGCAGAAGAUGGUCCACGAACCAAGACUAAGGCCAGGAAGAGAGAAUUCACAAGGUCGAAUUGGGGGUUUGGAAGGCGAUGGCAGGAUCAAGGUAGUGAGGAUGAGGAAGGAAACAAUGGUUAUCAGUCAUGGGUGUCAGCAGAUACUGGUGUUACUGGAGCAACAACCUCUGGAACUAGUUUAGGGGGAUGGGAUGAACUAGAUAUACAUGGCAGAGGCAACACUAAUGGCUAUGCGAGACGCCAAAGAGAAGGACCAUCAAAAAAAGAUUUAUCCCAGUUUAAGCCCACUAGAAAGGGGAAGUUGUCCAAGAGGGGAAGGUACAAGGACGAGCCUCUGUUGUUAAGACUGUUGAUUGCAAUUUUCCCAUUCUUGGCAUCUUGGACCAGGAUAUUGUGAUAAAUUGAACAGUUUAAACGUUGUGAUAUCGUUUCAAACUGUUCAUUCCUCAUUGAUGAACAUAGAGAGCACGAUAUCUCUUCUGAAGUACUUACUGGCCAACCAACUCAACAAAUUGUUUUGUCUCACCUUCUGUUGAAAUCCUUUAACACAUGACCUCCCUUUGGCACCUUGUAUUGUCCUGGCAUGUGUUUGGCAAAACUCGGUCUCAAUGUAAAUAAAACCCCAUUUCAUGAAUAUUUUCAUAGCUUGUGGCUAUACCUUGGUCCACUUGGUCUUAAAGUUAAUUCUCAACGGGUGUAAAAUAUCUAGUUGGAUAUUUGACUUCUCUCAUGUAAAGGGUCGUUAUAUUAGAGCAAAAUGUUUUUCAUAA